UUUUUUCAAUAAAUAAAUAUCUUAUGAUCAGCCAUUUUUAGACCUCUUCUCCCCCGGAUAAUUCUUCCUUCGUCUCUCACUCCAUCUUCGCCAAUAUUUUUAAUUCCUUCAUAUAUUUAUAUUCUCCUUAUUACUACAUAUUGCAUAUAGUAUGGUUUAUAUAUUCGUAUCUUUGUUUGUUUCCAUUACUGAUUUUCUCUAAUUAUUGCAGCCAGUUCUCACUCUUCUGACUUUUCCUCAUCUCUCAAUUUAUUCCUCUUCUUCUCCAAGAAUCGAUUUUUCUCUUUUUCUUUAAAUUCAGAUUUGUGCGUUUCUGUUUUUCUCUUUUCUAAAUUUUUUAGCAUGGAGAUAUCAAAUUCUGAAGCUACGAGUAUGGAUUCCUCGGCGCCAAGCAAUGGAGGGGGCGCCGCUCGAAUCCUGCAGUUCCCGUCAAUCCGGUUCCUGCAGUCCCCGAUUUCAUCCCUAAUUGAAUACUCCGGGUUGCUCCGGGUCCGACCCGAAUACCGCUACCCCCAAGCCCUCCCGCUCAUACCGGAGAGAAAUACUGGCGGCGGAAAUACUCAAAACCCGGGCUAUUCGGACUCCGUUGACGGCGGCGAUGAAGCUAGUGGCAAUAGCAGUAACAGUGGGGAGGUUUCGAUUCGGAUUAUCGGGGAGCAGGAUAGAGCUGCGAAUAAUGGGGAGAAUGUGCUAGGAUUGGGUGCGGAGGAGUCCACGGUUGGGGUUGAUGAUGUUCAUCGGAGCGGGGCGGGUAACGGCGGUGAUGAUAAUAGUAAUAGGGAAGGAUCGUCGUACCAGAGAUACGAUAUACAGCAGGCGGCGAGGUGGAUUGAGCAGAUUCUUCCGUUUUCUUUGCUCUUGUUGGUUGUUUUCAUCCGGCAGCACUUGCAAGGAUUUGUUGUUACUAUUUAUUCCACUGCCAUCUUAUUGAAGUCCAAUGACAUUCUUCGGAAGCAAACUGCUCUAAAGGGAGAAAGGAGGAUCAGUGUCCUAGUUGGUUAUUUGUUCUUUUUCAUGCUUCAUAUAUUUGGAAUCUAUUGGUGGCAUCGUAAGGAUGACCUCUUUUAUCCAUUACUCAUGAUUCCUCCAAAGGCAAUCCCACCUUUCUGGCAUGCUAUAUUUGUCAUCGUGGUUAACGACAUAAUGGCACGGCAGGCAGCAAUGGCUGUGAAGUUGGUUCUGCUAAUGUAUUAUAAGAAUGGUAGAGGACACAAUUUUCGUAGACAGGGGCAAAUGUUGACUCUGGUCGAAUAUGCACUGCUUCUGUAUCGUGCUUUGUUACCAACCCCUGUAUGGUAUAGAUUCUUCUUGAACAAAACAUACGGGAGUCUCUUUUCAUCAUUAACAACCGGACUUUAUUUAACUUUCAAGCUAACAUCAAUUGUUGAGAAAGUUCAAUCUUUCUUUGCUGCCCUAAAGGCAUUAUCCAGAAAGGAAAUCCAUUAUGGCUCUGUUGCAACGUCAGAACAGGUAAAUGCGGCUGGAGACCUAUGCGCCAUAUGCCAGGAGAAGAUGCAUGCACCCAUUCUGUUGCGCUGCAAGCAUAUUUUCUGUGAAGAUUGUGUUUCAGAAUGGUUCGAACGAGAGAGAACUUGCCCUUUGUGCAGAGCACUGGUUCGACCUGCUGAUCUUCAAUCGUAUGGGGAUGGAUCGACUAAUCUAUUCUUCCAGCUGUUUUAACGGCGUGUCUCUUCCAAAACUCUCAAUUCAACAGCAAGAAAACUGCACAGGCAUUAGCUGUGGUGCAUCGAGACGACCAAAUCUGGGCAAGCAACCCCCCAACAUAUGGUGUUAUAUACAAGGUAUAAAUAUAAAUAGGUUUGACGAAACGUGUGAAAAAUGUAGUAUGGUGAGGGGUAUCAACGUGCCAUAUUCACAUGAUGUUUUUAUUUUUUUAAUUUUUGACAUUAAUCAAUGGAAAUAUAUUUGGUAUGUUGUAUA